CUAGUUGUUUUAAAAACAGUCUGUUUUGGCAACUGCUUGUGGAAGUAUCGAAAAGUAUUGCGAAUUUGUUCACACAUACACUUUUAAUAAGUUCAUUCAAAAUAUUUGUAUUUGCGCAUUGAAUUUAUUCUGAUCUGUUACGAUGUACGGCCGCGUAGCCUUAAUUUUAUUAUUCAGCGCAACAACAAUUAGUGCGCGUAGUAUUGAAGGAUACGGAUGCAGGGAAUAUCCCGUAGUUACUGGUGAUCCACUCACACCACUGCGCACUGUACGAGUAUGUGGAUCAAUGCAAGAGUAUGAGGCAGCGCCGAACUAUUUUCCAACGCCAUUUGAAGGUCAAGUGCGACGUUCGCUACCCUCGGACACUUUAUAUGGGCCGCCAAGACAGGCGUUUCAGCAAUCGCCGAUAAGUUGGCCGUCACCAUCUCAAUCGUACAAUAACGAUAGAGCACAAUUUCCUCAACCUCUCACACAACGGAUGCAACUAUUUCCUGAUGCUCUCGAGACAUUCCAGAAAAACGAUUGGAAUUCAAACAAUCCUUCGAUUAAUAACAACGAGCUCAACUCACGCAAUCAAAUGGAAGUGGAUCACUUGUUACAAAAGCAGAUGAACUUCAUUGUGGAUGAUGUUUCUGAAGUCAAGGAUUCUGUCAAAAAUCUGGUGCCAUAUCUUAAAGAUAUUCUCGAUACUUUACAUACGCAGAAUGAGCUUAGGAGAAGCGAAGAAAAUAUUAAUGUCAAUUUGAAGCUAGAUCCCUCCCUCGAGGCUUUAUUAAAACAGUUUCUUCAGCUAAUAGAGACGAAGAACUCAAAGGAAGAACUGCAAAUUAUAUCAAAUGGUAUUGAGGAAGCAGAUGAUAAUCAUGAAGAUGCAGAAGAUUCUUACUUACCAGAAGUUUCAACCGAAGAUAGUUCGGAAGAAAAGAUUACGGAAGCGCCAAGUAAUACUGAAGAGAACUCGACCGAACGGGAUGAUGAAGAAGAUCAGAUAAUUACUGAAGGAAAUUCUUUAGAGGAUGUAAAUAAUUGGAUGCGUUUUUAUUUCGGACCACCACUACAAUUGCAUAAAAAUGAAGAAGAAUUAGAAGACCUUUUGCACAAGUCAAGCGAAGAGAAUAAUUCUGCAGAAAAAUCUGAUGAAAGCUUUGAGUCUUGGUUCAAUGCCGUUUACGGUAGAGUUUCAGAGAGCAAGGAAAAUGAAUCAAAUGAAAGCAGUGGAAAUUCUAAAGAGCAUAGUACAACAAAGGCAUAUGAAGAUGAUACUAGUAACCCUUUCAUAGCAACUGAAGAAAGCAUUGAAGAUACAGACGACGAUUACGAUACUUAUUUUGUUCCAACAACCAUGGUUCCCAUCCAAGAAGAGACAACGGCUGAGUACCUGGAAAAUGGAGGUCGGUAUGGCUAUACAACGGAAAGUAAUUCCAAUGUUGACUCUAUAAAAUCGGAAGAAUUCAAUUUGGAUAGCUGCUUUGAAAUAGCACUGUCGAUUUCAAGCUUUGGUGACGCAGAAGUACUUCAUAGGUAUAAUAAAUGCCUACAAGCUUUAUACUUAAGUGCCCCUGACGAAUCCAAGGAAACUGAAGAACUGAAACGGGAAACCGAUUCUGCUUCUAAAGGAUCUAAUGAAUCCGAGGAAAGUAAAGAAACUGAGUCCGCUGUUAAGGGCUCUGAUGAAUCCAAGGAAAGUAAUGAAACUGAAUCCGCUGUUACGAGCUCUGACGAAUCCAAGGAAAGUAAUGAAACUGAAUCCGCUGUUACGAGCUCUGACGAAUCCAAGGAAAGUAAAGAAACUGAAUCCGCUGUUACGAGCUCUGAUGAAUCCAAGGAAAGUAAUGAAACUGAAUCCGCUGUUACGAGCUCUGAUGAAACCAAUUAUGACGAAUUUUACGGUCCGUGGGUUUAUGUAUAGAUAAUGUUAUGUGCGAAAAUAUUUAUCUACAUGUCGAAAAAAAGCGAGCUCGAUACAAGGCCCAUUGAACAAGAAGUACAGUAGAGCAGCUGACUUGAUUGUUUUCAAUUUAUUUGGUCUCCCAAAAAUUUCAUAUUGUUGUAAAAUUAUUCUAAAAUGUUAAUUUUUGUUUCAAGAUUUGAAUUACAUAUGUGAAAUUUUAGACAGCAAACGCAAACACGAAAUACAUUGUUUUUGUUGUUUUUGCUGUACUACUACCGGUUCAAUGUGCCUUGGGUCGUAUACAAAAUUUUAAUUUUUAUUUUGUCACUCUCUAAGAUAAGUAAUCUAAUAUUCUUAUGAUAAAUUGUAUGUUUGGGAAAUAAAAUAUUUAUUAGUUAAAAAAAUUA